AUGCUAUCAGGCAUAGAUAAGGCCGAGAAAAAAGGCAAUAAAAAAUUCUGCGAGAUGAUAGAUGGUUGCGUGCCCCGUGAAGGAAUAUUAUUGGCUGUACCGACUCCAUAUCUAAAUUCAAUGAGUUUUUCGGAUUUUGUGACCGAGCUUCCCAAAUGCGAGCAACACCUUCAUAUAGAAGGCACUCUAACGGCUGAGCGGCGCUGGUUGUGUGCGCAAGCGAAUAACAUUGAAAUCCCCGGCGUGAAGUCCCUUGAGCAGUUAAAAGGGCAGUAUUUAACCGAAUAUCUGUAUGAGGAGGGCCAGGAUGCUACCAAGUACCUGCAGGAAUUCUUAGAGAUUUACUAUGCCUCCAUGAAUGUGUUGCUCACCGAAGAUGAUUUUUACCAUUUGGCACUCGACUAUAUCAAGGUUGCCCAAGCUCAAAACAUUAGAUACUUGGAGGCCUUUUUUGACCCGCAGGCUCACACUUCACGUGGAGUCAGCCUGGACACUGUGAUGAAUGGACUUUUGAAGGCUCAAGGCGAGGCUUCAAACUAUGGCGUUCAGCUUCAUUGGGUCCUCUGCAUUCUGAGAGACAUGUCUGCAGAGAGCGCGUUAGAAACGGUCCGCAGAGCGGAACCGUACAAAAACAAAAUCAUUGCUUUGGGUCUGGACUCAGAUGAGCAUGACAAUCCUCCUAGUAAGUUUCAGGAAUCAUUUUUGAUGGCUCGAAAGUAUGGGUGGAAAAUCACCUCUCAUUGCGAUGUUGAUCAGAAAAACACGCACGAGCAUAUAAGAUACGCAGUGACUGAGCUAGGUGGGAAAAGACUCUCACCAAAGCAGUGUGAGCUUGAAAAUCCGGAGCUUUAUCUGACUCCCCAAUUGGAAAGCGGUGCAGAUAGAAUCGACCACGGAAUGAACAUUGCUGAUAAAGAGGAAUUGCUUCAAUUGGUGAAAAAGGCAAAUCUAGGAUUGACUCUUUGUCCAAUGGGCUACCAAAAACAUCUGGGGCCACAGAACGUGUUCCCUAAAGUUAAAAAAAUUCACCAAUUUGGGAUCCCAAUCACUUUGAAUAGCGACGAUCCAGCUUAUCUUGUUUAUUCAAAAACGGAAACGAUUCUGGGUGUUGCUGAAGGAUGUCAAUUCUCAUUCAAAGAGAUUUACGAGUUCGAGAAGAACGCUAUAAAGAUGGCCUGGACACUUGACGUCGACUUCAAACGCAAAUUCAUAUCGGACUUGGAUACUGUGUACUCUAAAUAUUGUUAG